CUGAACACCAAGGCCCGCCUCCCUGACGUUGUUAUUUAAAGGUACAGAGUGCCAACGCGGAGCGAGCUGCUGUUCACAAACUCCAAAGGGAGGUGUCGCGAGAAGCUGCCAAGAAAACUGCCCAGCCCCCACCAGUCAGUUAUGAUGCUGCUGAAGUCGCUAGCGUGCCUCUGCGCCCUGGCUGCGGUUGCCUUUGCUGUACCUGCUCAGGAGAAGCGCGUCCAUCACCAAGCUGAUCUGAGUGGCCGCGCCCACGACGACACUCACAGCUUCCAGUAUGACCACGAGGCCUUCCUGGGCAAGGAGGAGGCCAAGACGUUUGACCAGCUGACCCCCGAGGAGAGCAAAGACAAAUUAGCGAAGAUUGUGGACCGCAUUGACACUGACAAGGACGGCUACGUCACCCAUACAGAGCUGCAUUAUUGGAUCAAACACCGGCAGAGGAGGUACAUCGAGGAGAAUGUGGACAAACACUGGAAGGACUACGACAAGAACCAAGAUGGCAAGAUAAGCUGGGAGGAGUACAAAAACACCACCUACGGCUACUAUCUGGAUGACGAGUUUGAUGAUGUGGAAGACAAGGCCACCUAUAAAUCCAUGCUCACCCGGGACGAAAGGCGCUUCAAGACAGCUGACCGAGACGGUGACGGCAUUGCCACACGUGAGGAGUUCACUGCCUUCCUUCACCCAGAGGAGUUUGAUUACAUGAAAGACGUGGUAGUGCAGGAAACUGUGGAAGACAUUGAUAAGAACGGGGAUGGCAAGAUCAACUUGGAUGAAUACAUUGGUGACAUGUUUACACCAGAGGACGGUGAGAAGGAGCCUGAGUGGGUCCAGACAGAGAGGCAACAUUUCACAGAGUCCAGAGAUACCAACAAGGACGGCUACCUGGAUGCUGGUGAGGUGGCCCACUGGAUUUUGCCGGGAGAGGUUGACCAUGCUGACAAUGAAGCCAAACACUUGAUCCAUGAGACAGACACUGACAAG